ACACAAUAGCUCGCGCAUUUCACCAGAGGCAUAUGUUUUCGUGAAAAUAGCUACGGAAUCCAGCUUAGAAUAAAGAUUUCCAAACCUUAUGAAUUCAAUGGGAUACUUCGCUGAAGGUUCCACUAUAAAGUGAACUCUUCUGGUGUGCAUUCCAAGAGCUGCGGCCUAUUUGAAGAAAUAGAUGACGGGAAUUGAGAAAGAGCUCCUGCUUCACGUCUUCUAAACUAUUUCAGGUUUAAAGACGCAAACAGUGUUCUAGUUUGAAAGAGGUUUAAACAAGAAUUCCAAAGCAAAAUGGUAUUCAAAGGUGUACUCAUACUCCUUUUUCUCGCGAUUCACUUAAAAGAAUUUGAGACAGUCAAGCACAAAAGCAAACUUCAGGCAAAUAAAACAUACACUGGUGUCCCUGGGAGAAGUCUCUCUCUGAAAUGGAAUUACAAAGGACAGAUGUACAGAUAUGCCUCUAUAUAUAUUGCCGAUACAUCAGCGUCCUCUUCAAGAGGAUCUCAAAACUACAAAAAACUUUGGCAAGUAACAUUCCCUCUAAAUAACGACACAGUCACCAUACAAAAAUCUGACGUUCCCAGCUCAGUCUUCAACAACUUGACCGAACUCGUUGUUGUAAAGAAAUUAGAAUUCCAUUUGAAAAUAAGGACAGUUCCAAGAGGUAUGCUCAAAUUCGAAUUCAUGUGUCGUGUUAAGGAAGACAGUGUAUGGGCACCGAUAGAAGAAAAAACAAUCACAGUUAUGGUAGCAGUUCCCCCAGUCGUAACAAUAACAGUAGAGAAAGGAAACAAUAUACACGUACCCAAAGGAACAGAUAUCAAUGUGGUCUGCUCUGCAACUGGCUACCCUGUGCCUAAAAUCGAAAUCGAGAAAGAUUCAAAGAGGUUAGCCAAAGCAGUGUUCCCGAAUAAUGAAGUAACUUUGGAACUGAAAAACUUUCAGCCAGCCAAUGCCGGACGGUAUGUUUGCAGUGCGAGGAAUAUUGCGGGCGCAACAACGCAAGAUACCCUGAUAACAAUAACAUACAUCGAAUUGAGAGAGAGUGCUCCGUUGCAAAUAUUCUCUUCAUUGGGCUCAUCCCAGGCACUGCAGUGUCCAAUUGAUGGCUAUCCGCCAGUUAUCUACUCGUGGUUCAAAGGUUACAAGCAGCUAGGGGGCUACCGAGAGUCUCGCAUCAAACUCGACCGCCAUGAAAAUUUUGGCAACUAUUCCUGUGUGGGUCAAAAUGAUGCAGGGUCUAAGGAGGUUACUUUUUCGAUUUGGAUGGAAGAGCCCAAGGCCGGGAAGCAUUCUACAAACGAUUGCUACGUGCUGAGACCCUCAAUGACGUCACUUGCUGUUUCAAUGCUCAUUGUUCUGCUGUGCAACAAAUGGUUUAGGUAGCUUAAAACACUGAAAAUGAAAUACGAGCGUCUUUCUUUAUUUUGAAACACAACUGCCUAGAAACUAUGAUAUCAUUUAUUCAGAAGAGAUGCCAAUUUGUUUUAACCGUAGUCUCAAGGCUGAUUAAACAACAAACUCUUCUUUAUUAACUGAAUAUAGAUUAAUCUAUUUGAUUGUGUUAUACUUUUUUUCAAUUAACCCUUUAAAAUUUUAGUUUCCAUGUAGUUAAGAGCAAUUGUAUUGUAAAAAAUCAUUAGAGAUCAGCAUUGAAACUUUUUUGCAUAGUCAGAGGCAAAUUAUUGUUUAUACAAACAACUGGUUCCACAUAGGAUGCCAUAUUUUCUGCGGCUUGCACAAACCAUAUGGCCUUAGGUACACUGUAUCUAUAGCACAAUAUAAGCAACUUAUAAAAAGGGGUUUAUGCUUCUUUGGCUUUUCUACGUUUCUCGCCAGGAGAUAGUUGCUGGUCUAGGUAUGACUCUUUCAUUGGUGAACAUUUGACACAAUUUUAAAAUCAUUUGGGUAAUAAAGAACAUGCAUUUUCAAAAUGAAUCAAGCCAAACUGUGUCUCUUAAAAAAGAAAUUUUAAUGGAGACAGUGAACUUUGAUACCUAAUAUUUAUGUUAUUCUUUUCAGACAUCUUUUACAAGGGAGUUGUUUUUUAGUCUAGAUGCUUUAAACUGUUUGCAGUAUCCUUCAUCAUUAUAUUUUCAAAAAGCUGAAAAGUACCCUCGGUCCCUUAAUAUAUACUUAAGUUAGUCACUGUUUGCUAUAACAAAUAAUCAGAAUUCCAUUACCAUAUAUCAAUCUUAUAUUUAGUGAUUAAGCUUACUCAAACAUUGCCAAGCCCUGGUGCCAAGGCCUGACCCUAAUCAAGCGAAUGUGAUCACCAGAAUUUAUUUAUCACUGUAUGUAAGCAUACAUUUUAAAGUUAAUGAGCAAAAGUCUGCUGUAAUCGUCCGUAGCAAUGUUGAUAGAAGUAGAUUAUCUGUUUUGAAAAGACUUGAUUCAAUGCAUGAAAUAAACAGUCUCAAAGAACUAAUUGCUGAUUGAUUUGUGUAUUUC